AUGACUGCACACUCCGGGAUGCCAGGAUCAUUUGUACACGAUGGCGCAGCGGUUCCAGUCGCCCAAAUACCACGAUCUUCCUUAUAUGAGCCUUUAGUGGCACCUACUCCUCAGGGGCCAGUGGCAUUCAUGCAACCUAGGUUCGACCAGCACCUCGCGGACUCAGUGGAAGCGAGUGUUCGCGUGACUCCGAGUCCUGCUCCGGUAGCAGACGCGAUGGUGCAUCAAGGUUUCAUACCCCCGGCUCACUCACCGCUGGCAUCGCCUCCUCUGUCGCCCUAUAUCAAUCAGCAAAUGAGUAGUCCGCCACCGCAACCACUUCACUACGCACAACCUUACCCGUAUCACCAUCCGCAGCCCUUCAUGGCUAACUUCCCGCCGGCCUUCUAUCCUACACCAUUCACAUCUCCGACUGCGUCUUUUCCUUACUCCGGAGAGAUCCCGCGAGCUGGCUCUGCGGGAGCCGAAGACGAGCGGGCCAGACUCCUGGAAAAAGUAUCCAGUGUACUACCUGACAUUGACCGCUUGCUGCGUGUCUACCAGGAGAGUCAAGGGCUUUUGUCAGAGAGAGAAAACAUCGUCAAACAGGUUGAAGCACAACACCUCGAAGAGACCGCGAAGCUAAGGAUGGAACUGAGCGCGUGCAAAGAAGAAUAUGAGAAGAUUAUUGGUGAGCAAGCGGGUGAGAAUCUGAGAUUGAAGGGUGAGAUUGCCGAGCAAAGGGAGAAGAUAGGGCUACUGCAGGACGAGAAUCAUGCAGUGACGGACGCCCACGAAGGGCUCACCGAGUUGAGAGUUGAUUGUGAAGAGUUGACCGAGCAGGUCAAUUCCUAUCGAUCUAUCAAUGGAAAAUUGGUGGAGGAAAAGAAGCGGCGGGACGAUGAACUCCAGCGAUUGCAAAAGCAGCUCGAGGAGGAACAAAAUCGAAAUGAACACCACCAAGCUGAGAAGAAGAAGUUAGAGGAAGAACUUCAGACUGUGAAAGAUCAGCUUCAUGAUGAACAAACGCGGCAUGAUCUCGUGCAGGGCGAGUUACGGCAAGCCCACGACAUGGAGAUGGCAAGGAGGGAAGAAGAACACGUCAAGUCAAUACACGAACACAAAGUCAGUUUGUCAAAAAUCCAGCUUGAUUUGGCAGGAAUGAUCACCAAGCAUACGCAGCAGAAAAGAGAGCUAGACCUUGCAAGAGCCACCAUCGCAGAACAGGAUCAAUCUCUGGCUGAAAAGGCUAAAGAACUCGCUGAUACCCGCCGUCUACAUCAGGCGCAGCUAGAGAAUAGUCGAAGGGAUAGCGAAGAAGCAGCCCAGCGACAUAGGCAGGAGAUUGCCAGGUUGUCGGACAAACUAUCCCACUCCACUGCAAAGCAUGAGGAGGAGAUCAGUAAGUUACGAAAUGCGAGCAAGAACGACCUCGAACAGGUACGAAAACUCGCCGCAGGACGCUUGCUGGAAACCACGAAAAAGCACGACCAACGCGAAGCAGAAAUUUGCGAGGAAUUGGCAGGCAUGCGUGCUCAGGUUGCACGGCUGGAGGGCGACUUUCAGGCGAAGUGCAUGGAGCUAGCAACUGCGCGGAAGGACCACGAGAGACUGCAAGGCAACUACAAGCUGACUGACAAGCAUCAUGCCCAGCUGGCUGAAACGAUGCUUAACCUCAGAAACAAGCAAGCCGAAUGGCAACGUGAAAGUGAGCGGAUGGAUCAAAUUCUGCAGAAUCUGAGACAAAUUGCUCCCAGCAAUAGCAACAGUGACGAGUUCUUGUGA